AUGUACAAAAAGGAAACAAAAAUCGUAUUUGAAACUUGGAUAACGAUCCAACGUCUACUAUACAUCACACUCAUCACCAUUACAGCAGAAGUACUCGCUCACGACACGGAUAAAGAGCACCAAGGACCACAAACCUGCGGAGGACGCCUCAAGGGCCCCGUAGGAGUCAUACAGACUCCCCACUUUCCCAACGCUUUCCCGGUCCCCAUCAAAUGCAAAUGGAUCAUAGAACACGACAUAGUGAAUGGAACUAUAUCGAUAUACUUCACCCAACAGUUUACCACUAGUGGAUUAACAUUUACGGAGUAUACCUAUUAUGAUGAAUCCUACAAGCUGGAAGAACGAAGAGCUCUUACUGUUACGGAGGAGAAUAUUACAAGAAUAAAAUGGCUCCAGGUCCAAAGUCCAGUGCUUGUAGUUGAGCUUAAUUUAAAUAGACUGGAAGGAACACAAUUGAGGGCAUUGGGUCUCUUGUCAGUUUUUGGGUUCAAUAUGACGUAUGCAGUGCGAGGGCCAGCAGAUUUACCUGGACCAUCUUCGUGUAGUGCUAUCGAGUGUCGAUUAUUGGGACACUGUUACGCCAACCAAAAUUAUCAAGAAUUCUACUGUUCGUGUUUCGAGGGCUACUCUGGUCCAGAUUGCGGAGUGGGCCCGCUUUGCCCGAGGACCUCUAAUAUGUGUAAAAAUGGUGGCACUUGCAGACAGAUGGGCCCUGCAGCUGUUAGCUGUAUCUGCGCACCGGGGUACACUGGAGAUCUAUGUGAGGCACAGAUUGCACAGCCCGAAUGCGGAAUAGAAGAAUGUGCAGAGAAUUGUAAAGAUGGAUUAUUUUGCGACUGCAAUCCUAAAGAUACUGAUUUCACAACAGCUCGUUUCGACACAAGACUGCAAGUAGUUGAUCAAAAAAAUGUUAAUAUUUCCCAGGAAGUUAUUACGCAACUUACAAGCUAUUUAUUAGCUUUGAAUAUAACAUUAGAAGAUGAAAUUGAACUUUUAAAUAUAAGUUCGGUUCGCGAUGGCGGUGUGCGAACGGUGCAUGUACGCAUAUGGGCAACCCGUCGUGCAGCAGGUGCACUGCGUGCUGCAAUGGCACGACUUGUGGCUGCACGUGCUCGCACUAAUACACUGCGAAUGUUGCCAGACACUUUGUACUUCGAAAUGCAGCCUGCACUUAGCUUACACUCGCUAGCGAUAAACCAGCGUCCAGAAGUAUGGGAGGGGUUAGAGUUUAUACUGACUUGCAUGGCGUAUGGAUCUCCGAACAUCAUCUUCACGUGGUACAAAGAUGGUAUAAAGAUCAACUUUAACGGCACUACGAGAGACAUUUGGACGCGUACAGUAUCAGAAGAUGCACUAGGCCGUCGUAUGUCAGUACUUGGAGUGACUUCUGCCCGACAAGUAGACGGUGGAGCGUGGUCAUGCGCUGCUGACGAUGCCGGAAGGAGACGAUGUCGAGCACUUACACUCACCGUGAUCACACCACCCACUAUAAGACUUGUGCCCUCUACUCUAACUGUCUAUAAAGGAGAAAACGUUAGUAUGACAUGUCUGGCGGGUGCCGGUCGCGCACACGGUGUGUUGGGCUUCAGUUGGUCGCGAGAGAAAAGCUUACUGCCUAUGCAACCAGACAAACACGUCUGGGAAGAUUUGUACCCCGCUGGCAGUGUGCUUAAGCUUUAUAAUAUACAGAAAUCGAGUGAAUAUCGAUGUCAAGUAUCGUCAGCAGCCGGUACUAAUUCCGCAGGUGUGUGGGUAUGGGCACUGGACAGUCAAGAUGAAGCGUGUCAGUGUGAUACAGCAGCCGGUGUACGUUGGAGCAGAACUGCUCCUGGAGCAUACGCAUCAAGUUCUUGUCCUCCUGGAUACAGUGGUGAAAUUACAAGGUACUGUGAACCAAAGACGGGACAGCAUGGCGUCAAAUGGAUGCUCCCAAACUUUUCUGGUUGUAUCUCUGAUUCUUUGAAAGACAUCUAUGAACAGUUCAUGCUUAUUUCCUAUGGAUACUCAUGGAGGAACGUAUCAGAGGUGUCCCGUCAGUACUUUUCAGUACUGCGCGGCCUUCCCACAUCUGGUGGAUCAGGCGUUACACCCUUACUUCAUGCUAAAAAUAUGCUUGAAUAUUUAAAAUCUGGUGCAGCACAACGCGCUGACAGACAUCAGAGCGCCGCACAAUUAUUAAACAUAUUUGACCAUCUGCUUACACAACCUGAUGCUUUUUUAGAUGAGCAGAAAAUUAAUGAAGUCCAGACCGCAAUAGUAACUACAGCAAGUAUGAAGAAUAAGGUAGAUGCUCGCUUGCACUCAUUCAAUGUGAAAAGUGAGUCAGGGGUACAUUUGGAGAUGCGGCGUAUCCCUAUUGCACGAAGCAAUACCGAGUGGCAUGUGACGUCUGCUCAUGUAGAGUUGGCGCCUGCAGCUGAAAAUUUUACAAUGGUUAUCGUACAGUAUUAUAAUUUAGAAGCCAGACUACCCUCUUUAAGAACAUUCACGGAUUACAAUUCGGGUGUUGAAGUGCACUACGCUGUCUGCUCGCAGCAGGUGCAGAUUUACAUGAGCGGUGUGAUGCCAGACGGCACGCUACAACACACCACCACGUUGGUUUUUGAGCACUCCAAAAACUAUAGCACUGAUGCAUCGAAGUUGGUGUGUGGGUUGCGCUCAGGUGAGUCGUCAACUGCGUGGAGCGUAUCCGAGUGUGAUGUGCGCGUAUCGGGAGUGUCACGUGCAACAUGUCGGUGUCGUACUCCCGGUACUAUAGCGCUUUUCACUAGGACAAGUCAUACGCACACAGACAGCGAGGAGGAGCUUCGCGGUAUAGUAGUCAUUUGCCUGAGCGUAAGCGGUGCUAUGUGUGUUUGUGCGUGUGCGCUACAGCUGCUUAGUUUUGCGCCGAGUGCUGCGCGCAGGCGGGAUAUCACACACUCCUUACUUACAGCGUGCACUGCCGCGGGACAUGCUGCCGCCAUGUUCGCGCUGUCUCACUGUCAUGCUUCACAGGGACCAUCUCCAGGCGCAUUGGAAUGGGUCGUGGCAACGUGCUGGUGUGCAGCAAGUGCAGCUCUUUGUGCGCAACCUCUGCUAUUACACGCAGAGCUGGCAGGAACCACACAAAGGAGACAUUCAGUAGGAUUACUAGCUGGAGUUUGUGUGUUGUGCUGCUUAUCGGCGAGAUUGUGGGGCGGCUCUCCUUUACAAGUGGGAUCAGCGGCUAGCAGCAUAUUUGCAGGCGGUAUACUGUUACUCAUUACACUUACGUUAGCCCUGGCAUUAUGUGCGCGUAGAACGUUAUGUCAUGUUACGCAUAAGAUACCACCAGACAGGAGGAUUCAUAUAAAAAAGAGAAGUCGGGUUGUACAUCACACUCUGGCGGUGCUUCUAACGUCAACAGCUGUGCAGAUGGCAGGAGUUGCGUACGCGCAACCCGGUGACAAACAAGUUGCGUAUGUUCUCGCGCUUUCAGUCUCUGCACUCGCAAAUGGUGUCGCAGUGUUGAUUUGUUACGUCAUCCACGACGAACAGUGUCUUCGGGCGAUGCGAAGUGUAGUAACGCUGCACGACAACACGGAAUGGCAUGACUCACCAGCUGGAGAUACUUCUAUAAGUCUUUAUAUAAAACAAAGCGGCGAGGUCGAAAGUCGUGGCGGUAUCGUCAUACUAGAGUCAGGCUCAUCACCGGUUUCAUCCUCUGCGAGAUACUGGCGCCCCAUGCCUAUAGAGAGAAGACAGUCUAAUCCCGAUAGUCGUGCGGAUAUCGUCCGCUGCGUAGAAUAUAAGCCCUCGGUAUAUGGGAUGCCGCGACACAACACAAAUACCCACGCUGUAUGUGAUCUGAUCCCGACAAACGUGGGCAACGCAGGAUGCUCGGGCAACGGGUACAUGGCAACAGUUUGCUUAGAACCCAAUAACCGCCGUAAGCCCGUACCAUCAAUGCCGUGUCUCGAAACAUACUCUGUCAAGAGAUUCGAUACACCCAAGGAAACAUGUUCAAUCUGCGUACAAUCCAACCCAGAUGUGUCAAAGAUCACUUCACCGCCAAUAAAAAGCUGCCUUAAGAAAAACUCGCGUGGAUUUACAUCGAGCACAUCACUGCCGUCGAUGGACACAAUCGGGGACGACGUUGACAAGCCUCACAUAGAGCACAUCAAUAGAGAAUGGAACAAAGCUUACGAUAAUCAGCAAGCAGAUAAAAUGUUGAACAAAAUAUCUAAUGACCUAGAUUUUCUGCUUAAUAGAACACAAAGUAAUCAAAAACCUAACCACAUUGAAGAAGCGCCCACUUAG